GGUCACUGAGGCCCAGAGAAGCGAAGUGACCUGCCCGAGGUCAUACGGCAGACCAGUGGCAGAGCCGGAGCAGCCCCUAUGGAAGAGAAGCAGAUCUUGUGCGUGGGGCUCGUCGUCCUGGACAUCAUCAAUGUGGUGGAAAAAUACCCUGAAGAGGAUUCCGACAGCAGGUGCCUGAGCCAGCGCUGGCAGAGGGGCGGCAAUGCCUCCAACUCCUGCACUGUUCUGUCCCUGCUGGGGUCACCCUGUGCCUUCAUGGGCUCACUGGCCCCGGGCCAUAUUGCUGACUUUGUCGUGAAAGACCUGCAGCGCUACUCUGUGGACCUCAGCCAGGCCGUCCCUCAGGCUGAGAGCUCCAUCCCCGUCUCCAUCGUCAUCAGCAAUGCAGCCAGUGGCAGCCGGACCAUCCUGCACACCAACAGCUUCCUCGUGGCUGACUUUGGGCGGCGGGGAGUGGAUGUGUCACAGGUGGCAUGGCAGAGCGGCGGAGACACGCCUUGCUCCUGCUGCAUGAUCAGCGGCUCCAAUGGCUCCCGCACCAUUGUGCUCUACGACACGAACCUGCCUGAUGUGACAGCCCAAGACUUUGAGAAGGUUGACCUGACUCGAUACAAGUGGAUCCAUAUUGAGGGCCGGAACGCGGCGGAGCAGGUGAAGAUGCUGCAGCGGGUGGAUCAGUAUAACAAGGCUCGUCCCCCUGAACUGCAGAUCCGAACAUCUGUGGAGGUGGAGAAGCCCCGGGAUGAGCUCUAUCAGCUGUUCGGAUACGGGGAUGUGGUGUUCGUCAGCAAGGAUGUAGCCAAGCACAUGGGUUUCCAGUCGGCGGCAGAGACCCUCAAGGGGCUUUAUGGCCGUGUGAGGAAGGGGGCCGUGCUUGUGUGCGCUUGGGCGGAGCAGGGAGCAGAUGCGCUGGGGCCCGAUGGUCAGCUCCUGCACUCGGAUGCCUUCCCCCCUCCCCGGGUGGUGGACACGCUGGGAGCUGGGGACACCUUCAACGCUUCGUUCAUCUUCAGCCUCUCUCAAGUGGGUGUUCACGCCCAUCCCUCCAGGAAAAAGCGUGCAGGAGGCCCUGGUCUUCGGUUGUCAAGUGGCAGGCAAGAAGUGUGGGCUGCAGGGCUACGAUGGCAUCGUGUGAUGGCUCCCAAUGGCUGCAGACCCAACCUGUCCGGCCGCAACAAUAGCCUGAGGAGCUUGAGAGACGGCCACAGCCAUGCCAAUGGGCUCAACUCCCACGAAGGUGGGGGUUACUGCUCCCCGACUCCAACCUCAGCCCCUGGCUGUCUUCAUUAUUCGGUUCCCCAAAUUAAAUAGACAUGUCCCCGAGGA